AUUUGAUGAUCGCUAUUCAAUAAUUUUUCGACAGUAUCGGUUGUACUUCUCUACCACAAUGUUGUCUCGCGCAGGUUUAUAUGUAACUUUAAUUGCUUUGUUGGCAACUGCAAUAAGUUGCGAAAGGGUAGCUAUAGCUCAUUUGGUCGCUAAUGAGGUAUCCGGGAGUAUAACGUUCACGGAGACCGAUGACGGUCUCCGAGUAACGGGCAGCAUCACGGGACUGCCGGCGGGCGAGUACGGAUUUCAUAUUCACGAGCUGGGUGACGUAACGACAUGCCUUACUACUGGAGCACACUUCAACCCUGACGAAGUAAAUCACGGCGGUAGAGACCACGACGUCAGACACGUCGGAGACUUCGGGAACGUGCAGUUUGUGGAAGCAAACGGAAACGGUGUAUCGACGGUUGAUUUCACGGAUCACAUGGCUACGCUUCGGGGUCGAAAUAACAUCCUCGGACGCGCGUUAGUGCUGCACGAGGGGACUGACGAUCUAGGAUUGGGCGGGCACGAGGACUCGCUGACGACGGGCAACGCCGGCGCGCGCGUGGCUUGCGGCGUCAUCGGCAUUGUGUCCCCUGGCGAACCGUGGGACAACUCCGCUGCGACUACAGCACCCUCGCUGUUGUUGAUGCUUGUGGCAUUCUUGUACUUUUUCAUCAAGUUCUAAAGUGUUGAAAUAAUUUAAACCCACAGAUCUUAUCGUAGCACGUACGAAAU